CCGCUUCCCGCUUUCCAGACAGGGUUGUCUCCAAGGGGAGGGUUCUGCCACUCGACAUCGCCAACCCCCAUCGCAAAGCUCGGCUAGGGCGACUCUGACACGUCCGCGCCUCCUCCAAUACUCGACUUCGCAGGCCAUCCACUCUCUCUGGCGCCAUGGCUUCCCGAUCGCGCGACGUGCCCGACGAGGAGCUCUUUAUGAGUCGUCCGCGGCCGACUGAGGACUGCGACAGCCCGACAGUCGAGCCUCUGAGGAUAUUCAGGCCCCAGAGCCCGGCCGCCGAUAAGGGCUCAUCUCGGCCUAAAUACCCUGCUCCGCCCUCGUCCUCCUCCUCGGCCGCAGGGUCUGCUUCUGCUGCGGCGUCCAAGCCGGGCAUCGCAUCUCUCCCGCCGCUGCCAUCGUUCCCUUUCGGCGCGUCGAGCUCGGCUGCUCCGCUGCCCUAUCCCGACGACGACAACAAGGCCCAAUCCAAGCCACAGCCCAAAGCCAGCCGUCUCCCCUACCCCGAUGUCGAGUCCAAGCCUUCGCCUCCGGGAGGCAGGGUCUACAGCCCCCCGCCCGCGUCCUCGAGCUCGAGCUCGCCGGCGCAGAAUGACUCGUUUCCCCGACCGACGGUGAGCACCGGAGAGAAGAAGACGGGGCUUGCGGAACGGCGCGGAGCCGCUCCCAAGCCCUUGCAGAGUCCUGUUAGCCCCGGCACCGAUGACGAGGACACCGGCGGCCUCUUUGCCAAGCCUCUAAGGAACCCAGCCUCUGCCGCACCUGCCCCCAAGAUUUCCAACGCAUACCAGCAAAAGCCCUACUACCCCCCGCCUGGCGGCGGGGCUAGCCAGGCAGCCCCUAUCAACCGCAUCUCUUCAACCGCCUCCAAUUCGACAACCCGGGCCAGCCGUGGGUCGCCGCCACCACCCGAAACCCCCGUCGUCGAGCCGGGAACCAUACCCGGGGGUGGGAUCGAAGCGCGGUACGCCGCCGCGGGCAUAUCGGGUACGGCAACUCUCAACAGCCUCCAGACUCCGAGCGCCGCCGCGCAAUCGAGGUUGGCGCAGUACGGCAGCCAAGCCCCGGCUGCCCAGCCCCAGCAGCCGCAGCCGCGGCCGUGGACGCCCACCGAGACCCCGGGCCAGCAGCCCUUCGGGCCUCCGACCGUUUAUCAGGGCGCCGAGGUGGUGUCAAAUCCCACGCCGCCGCCGCAGCAGACGCCGGCGUUCAACCUACCCAAGAACCCCAACCCGACCACCCAGGUGCCAGCCGGAAGCGCCCUGCAGGUCAGUGUGCUGGAGCAGGACUUUCAGCGUAUGCAGGCAUCUACUCCUCCGCCUGCUUACACCAGCGUCAAUCCCAACGCGAUCUCCAAGUACCCCGACGAAAAACAGCGGCCGACACAACCACAUCCCAGUUCAAGCGUGCCAACCACCACAGCAGCAGCAGCAGCAACAACAAUAACAGCAACAACAGCUGCCGCUCCCAUUGCCGCGGCCUCCGCCAGCGCCUCGAAUGCCAACCCGCUGGCAAGCCCUAAUCCGGUCAGCUCCCCGACGCCCCAGAAGCAGAGCCCGGCCGGAAACACUGCUACCACAAUCCCUGCGCAUAACGCCGGACAUCCCGCAUUGGCCCAGGAUAAUAAACUUGCGCCUGGCCAGAAUGGGCAGCCUGCACUGACACACACUCCAUCGCUCCUGGCCGCUGCCCAGUCGCCGCCCCCGCUGCCCGAGGGUUGGAUCGCCCACCUGGACCAGAACUCGGGCCAGUAUUAUUACAUCCACUUGGCGACGCAGGCCACGCAGUGGGAGUUUCCCACCGGGCCCACCCCUUUAAACCACGAUAUCGCCCCCCUGUCGCCGACGGCGUCGACCUACGGAAACCCCUUGGGAUCACCGUUCCUGGGCGGCGGGAAGGCGGGUCUUGCCUCGCCCAUGUUCCAGGCCCAAGGUCAUCCCGGGUAUGCCGAGAGCAUCAUGAGCGUAUCCGCAUCCGUCGCCCCAACGAUGGCCGGGUUCACCGGGCCUCCCCCCAGCGCAGGCGUCGAAAUGUACAAGGUCAUGCCGACCAACGGCGUGUACUUUGGGCCCUACCUGCGCUACGUCAACAUGGACCUCGAGAAGGGCAUCUGGUACGGCAGCAUCCUCCUCGUCACGGACGCCCCCCAGCCUCCUACCAUCCACGUCCACCUGAGCGUGGACCUCUCCCCUAAUCCCCGACAGUUGAUCCCACAGAGCAUCUACCAGCACCAGCGGUGGGUUUUCUACAAGUACGAGAUGGACCUCCAGAUGUCGGAGCAGGGCACCGAGCGGUGGACGUACGCCGUCACGUCGCAUCUCGGCUGCACGCGGUACGAGUUCGUGGUCGCCGGCCGGUACGAGACGGGCUGGCGCAUCAUUGCACACUCGGGCAACGACUUUUCCCCCUCGACCAACCAGAAUGAGCGCGCCAAGCUCGGCGGCGUCGGCUUCAUGUGGAAGGACAUCCUGCAGAAGAAUGUCGAGUGCGGCGGCUUCCACGUCCAGCUCGGCCUCGGCGCCCAGAUCUACGGCGACCGGCUGUGGAGGGAGUUGCCCUUGCUGAAGCAGUGGCUCUCCAUGCAGGGCAGGGAGAACCGCAAGAACGCGCCAUGGACUGCGAGGCACCAGGAAGAGGUGUCGCACGCCUACUUUCACUACUACACCAGCCACUUUGACCAGCCGUACAUGCGCGAGGCCUUUGCGCAGAUUCCGCACAUCCUCCAGAUCGAUGACCACGACAUCUUCGACGGUUUUGGCUCGUACCCGGACUACAUGCAGUCCUCGGCCAUCUUUAAGGGCAUCGGCCGCAUCGCCAUCGACAUGUACCUGCUCUUCCAGCAUCAUACAACCGUCGAGAUCCUGCGGAACGUCAGCUCCGACAUGGACCUGUUCACCAUCACGGGCUCGGGCUGGCACUUUGUCAAAUACCUCGGCCCGGCCGUCGUAGUGGUCGGGCCGGACUGCCGGUCAGAGCGCACACUGACUCGCGUCAUGGCCGGCCCGACGUAUCAAGGCAUCUUCCCCAGGGUGGCCACGCUGCCGCCCAGCGUGCAGCAUUGCAUCUGGAUGAUCUCGGUGCCUGUCGUGUACCCGCGACUCGAGACGGUCGAGACGCUGGCCAACACGUUCGCGACGGGCAAGAAGGCCGUCAACACGACGUACAACAUCCUCGGCAAGGUGACCAGCUCGGUAGCGGGCGUGGUCGGUGGAAAGGAGGUGGUGCAGCAGGGAUUCAAGGAGGUCAAGAAGGCGGUUGGCAAGACCGGCCUGAUGGGCAGCGUGCUCAAUCAGUUUGGCGACAUCGAUAUUGCCGAGGAGCUCAAGGAUCUCUGGACGCACGAGUCCAAAGACCUGGAGCGCACAUACCUCAUCCGCACCCUGCAGGGGAUCGCCCAGCAGAAGGGUAUCCGGAUGACUUUCCUGUCUGGCGACGUCAACUGCGCGGGCGCCGGUCUCGUGCACGACCCGUCUCACCCGUCGGAUCACAAGACCAUGUACCAGAUCAUUGCGUCGCCCGUGGUCGCAGCGCCCUGCUCCAACUACAUGCUCAAGAUGCUGCACAACAACAAGCUGCUGUACGUGCCGCAGAAUGGCCACAGGUCGACGCACGAGGUGUCGGACACCAAGGAGGACAUGAUGGAGAUCUUCCACACGGACGCGUCGGGCGCCGCCAGGGAGCACAAGAAGCUGAUGGCGCGGCGCAACUACGUGGCCAUCGUGGCGUACGAUCCCGACGCCAUCGCCGGCGGCCAGCUGCAGGGUCCGCAGGGGGUCCAAGGAGGGCUCAAGCCCGGGUAUGCGGCCAGCGUCGCCAGCGGGAGCCAGUCGGGGCUGAGCAAGCUGAGCCUGGCCGUCGACUUUGUGGUGCAGGGAGAUGGCCCGUAUCAGACGACGACCAAAUACGGGCCGGUGAUUGUGCCGCAUCUGGAGUAUGGGCAUUGAUCGAUCGAUC